AUGGCGGCUGCUGAGGCACGGAUCGGCAAUAUUAUCAAGACUCUAAGAACCUCCGAGAUCCACGCGGCCAGGAUCUUCCGCCGAUUACUGGCCGCCACUGUUCUUCUAUCUUACGCUACCUUUACUCUUUCGCCUUUUCUCAUAUUCGCAACCUAUAUUGCCGCUUAUGGAGGUAGUAAUGCGGAUAUCGACGCCACGAGGAUGUUCUCGUCGCUCGUUUUAGUCGCACUUCUCGGAUCUCCACUUAUUCACAUUUUCCAGGCAAUGCCCUCGCUCGGCGCGGCUUAUGGCUGUUUCAAGAGGAUCCGGCAAUUCCUUUCGACCCCCGAGAGGUCUGAUCCAAGGCAGACGUUACCCGACCCCGACGAGAAAAGUGCCAACACGGCCGCUCUCUCAGGAUCUCUAGAAUCAGACUUAGCGGUAUCAAUGACGAACGUUUCCCUAGCCUGGACUCAAGAUACACCGAUUCUUGAAAAUGUCAAUUUGACGGUGAAGAAAGGGCAGCAUGUUGCUAUCGUCGGACGCGUGGGAACCGGUAAGUCGCUCUUGCUCAAGUCGAUUGCGGGCGAAGCCGAGCAGCUGGGCGGAGAGCUGCAAGUCCAGAAACUUGACGGUGUUGCAUUUUGCUCCCAAAUCCCAUGGCUGGAGAAUGUAUCCGCCGAAUGUAAUUGGGUCCAAUACUCUUCGGAACAGGAGCCAGACUGGCAGACUCGGGUCCACGAGGCAUGCUCGCUUAAAGAUAUUGCCAGCCUGAACGAUUACAGAACCGGCACAGUUGGAAGUGGUGGAGUGAGGCUCAGCGGAGGCCAACGGCAGAGGAUAGCCCUGGCUCGAGCUGUGGCCUCUCGCAAACCGCUACUGCUUCUUGACGACGUAUUUAGUGCGCUAGAUCGCGCGACUCGAGAUCACAUUUCCUUGGAGCUGUUGGGCAAGAAUGGGCUUUUGCGGAAGCUUGGUACAACGGCAAUUUACUCGACCCACAAUAGCCAAAUCGCCCGCUUAGCCGAUGUUAUUCUCGAGAUUACCGAUGUAAAUGGUCAUCGGAUUGUUCGGGAAGUCCAGCAACUUCCGGACGACCUUGACGACGAUGUCAAUGAUGAAACCUCCGAAGCCCCUGAAGCCUGUGGACCCUCCACAGAUGUAAAGAAGGAAAGUGACGCCACAAACGCCGCAGAAGUCAAGCGAGCAAGCGAAGGCGCGGACGACGCGGAGAUAGUCCCAUCGCUUAGUUCUCCGGUGAGAGACAGAGAGGUCUACAUGCGCUACUUUCGGGCCAUGGGUUUCGGAAAUGCGGCUAUAUUCAUGCUGUUCGCGGCGGCUUUUGCCAUAACACUCAAGUUCCCUGAUGUUUGGGUAAGCUGGUGGUCGGCUGCAUCUUCAUCGAACGAUACAACGCACAGCAUUCAGUACUGGCUGGGUAUAUAUGGGAUGCUCGUCAUCCUCCCUCUUGUUACCAUAUCGCUCUGGGUUGCACAUCUCAUGCUCCGUAUCGUCCCGGCCUCGGCAACGUCAUUGCACGCAGAUCUUCUCAAAACGGCAUUGAAUGCUCCGUUCGCCUUCAUGAGCGGCCAAGAUUCUGGAAGCCUUAUAAAUCGCUUUAACCAGGAUCUCAUGUUCGUCGACAGUAUGCUGCCGAUCGAUCUGCUAAAUACGUGUUCCGAGAUGUUUGUCGGUCUAAUUCAAGUGAUCCUGAUCGCCAUCGUGGCCAACCAAGCACUCGCAGUUCUCGGUCCCCUGCUCGCCGUUUUGUACGCCAUUCAAAGGGUCUACCUAAGGACAUCAAAGCAACUCCGUCUAAUGGACCUGGAGUGGAAAGCCGAUCUCCACACCAAGUUUGGCGAGACCUGCUCGGGACUCGCCAUGGUUCGUGCGAAUAACUGGUUGGACUCGAUGAGAGCCAAGUUCUUCGAGAAGCUUGACCGAUCGCAGGAGCCGUUCUACCUUUUAUACAUGGUCCAGAGAUGGCUGCAGCUCGUGCUCAAUCUGACCGUGGCAGGCCUUGCUGUCGUGAUCGCGGGUAUUUCCGUGGGUCUGAAGGACAAGAUCGCCGCCGGCGCGGUUGGCGUCGCGUUCUUGAAUGCCACUACCUUGGGCGAAACUUUAACCAAUUUUAUCGUGUCGUGGACAUCGCUUGAGACAUCUCUUGGAGCUAUUGCCAGAAUAGCCUCUUUCGAGAGGGAUACUCCACGAGAAAAGGACGUGUCGAUGGCCGUGGAUCAUCACCAGCCACUUCCCGAUAACUGGCCAUCGAAGGGGUCGAUCAGUUUCGAGAACACUUGGUGUACCUAUAGCGUUGAUUCGAACUCGCCAGUGUGGAAUAUUCGUGGUUUAAAUCUAGAUAUUCCUCCAGGGACUCGCGUCGCGGUUUGCGGACGGACAGGAUCCGGAAAAUCCACCAUGAUGCUCGCCUUGCUGAGAAUGGUUGAGAUGCCGAUUGGUGUUAUCUCGAUUGAUGGAGUUGACAUAUCGAAGAUUCCGCUCACAGAGUUACGAAGUAGGCUUUACACCAUUUCCCAAGAUGCAUUUGAUGAUCUUGAGCCGACAACGCUACGACAACAGCUUGACCCGCAACACCAAUGUACGGAUGAUCAACUUGUCGACACCCUUGCCGGAUGCGGGCUCUGGGAUCGCGUUAACAACCUAGGCGGCCUUGACAUGAAGUGUGAUGAACUUAACCUGUCCAAGGGCGAGGGUCAAGUGUUAGCCAUAUGCAAGCUCAUCGGGGAGAAAACCGUGAACCCGAACGUCAGCAAAAUUGUAUUGUUGGAUGAAGCAACCAGCAGUUUGGACGAUGAGACCGAGGUAAAAUUGGAGACUCUGUUGCUUGACAAGUUGCGGGGACACACUGUCAUCUCUGUUCUCCACAGAUUGGAUGCCGCUGCGAGAUACGAUAAGAUUGCGAUUUUGGAGAAUGGUGUUCUGGUCGACUACGGCGACGCGAAGGAUGUUGUAUCACGAUCAGCGUUAUUUCAACGGGGCCUAUCUCAGUGA